CCCUCCUCCUCCCUCCUCCUCCUCCUCCAUCCUUCCCCCACCCGGUUUGUGUGCCCCUCCCGCUGCGACUGGCUGGGAGGCUCGGCCGCCCCCGCCCCGAGAGGGAGGCGGGGGCGCAAGCCGCGGCGGCCACCCGAGGCUGCGGAGGGGAACGAGAUCCGAGGCCCCAGGGCGGCCCUGCAUCUGGACCCGGCACGCGGGGGCUGCCUGUGCACCCCCAGCCGAGGGCUGCGGGGCCUGGCCUCGCCGCGGGGUGGAGGAGCCUCCUCGCCUCUGGCCGCCGGCGCCCUGAGCCUUCCUGACCGCGCAGGGGGGCUCGCCCGCGGCCCCCCAUGAGCGCGCCCGGCUGACCGGCGGGGUCGGCCGCGGUGGAGCCGGGGCGCCGCGGGGGCGGCGGGGCCAUGGCCUCGCUGGACCUGCCAUACCGCUGCCCCCGCUGCGGGGAGCACAAGCGCUUCCGGAGCCUGUCGUCGCUGCGUGCUCACCUGGAGUACAGCCACACGUACGAGACGCUCUACAUCCUCUCCAAGACCAACAGCAUCUGCGACGGCGCCGCGGCCGCGGCCGCCGCCGCCGCCGCCGCCUCGGGCUUCCCGCUGACGCCCGAGCCCGCCGCCCUGCUGGCCGUGCCCGGCGCCCGGCGCGAGGUCUUCGAGAGCACGUCCUUCCAGGGCAAGGAGCAGGCGGCCGGCCCAUCGCCCGCCGCGCCGCACCUGCUGCACCACCAUCACCACCACGCGCCCCUCGCCCACUUCGCCGGCGACCUCGUGCCCGCCAGCCUGCCGUGCGAGGAGCUGGCCGAGCCGGGCCUCGUGCCCGCCGCCGCCGCCGCCGCCGCCGCGCGCUACGCGCUGCGCGAGAUCGAGAUCCCGCUGGGGGAGCUGUUCGCGCGCAAGUCCGUGGCCUCCUCGGCUUGCUCGACGCCGCCGCCGGGGCCGGGCCCCGGGCCCGCCUCCGCCUCGCCCGCGUCCCCCUCGCCGGCCGAUGUGGCUUACGAGGAGGGCCUGGCGCGCCUCAAGAUCCGCGCGCUGGAGAAGCUGGAGGUGGACCGGCGGCUGGAGCGGCUGAGCGAGGAGGUGGAGCAGAAGAUCGCGGGCCAGGUGGGUCGGCUGCAGGCCGAGCUGGAGCGCAAGGCGGCGGAGCUGGAGACGGCGCGGCAGGAGAGCGCCCGCCUGGGGCGCGAGAAGGAGGAGCUGGAGGAGCGGGCAUCCGAGCUCUCGCGCCAGGUGGACGUGAGCGUGGAGCUGCUGGCCUCGCUCAAGCAGGACCUGGUGCACAAGGAACAGGAGCUGAGCCGCAAGCAGCAGGAGGUGGUGCAGAUUGACCAGUUCCUGAAGGAGACGGCGGCGCGGGAGGCCAGUGCCAAGCUGCGGCUGCAGCAGUUCAUCGAGGAGCUGCUGGAGCGUGCGGACCGCGCCGAGCGGCAGCUGCAGGUCAUCAGCAGCAGCUGUGGCAGCACCCCGAGUGCCAGCCUGGGCCGCGGAGGGGGAGGAAGUGGCGCUGGGCCUGUUACCCGGGGCCCCGGCAGAAUGCGAGAACACCACGCGGGCCUGGCCAUGCCUAGCACAUACGCCGUGUCGAGGCAUGGCUCCUCUCCCAGCACAGGGGCCUCCAGCCGUGUCCCCGCUGCAUCCCAGAGCUCAGGCUGCUAUGACAGUGACAGUCUGGAGCUACCCCGGCCAGAAGAGGGGGCCCCCGAGGACAGUGGCCCUGGGGGCUUGGGCACACGGGCCCAGGCUGCCAACGGUGGCUCGGAGCGCACCCAGGCCCCUCGCAGCUCAGGCCUGCGGCGCCAGGCCAUCCAGAACUGGCAGCGCAGACCCCGCCGACACAGCACGGAGGGGGAGGAGGGUGAUGUCUCGGACGUGGGCUCCCGAACCACGGAGUCAGAGGCUGAGGGCCCCUCAGAUGCCCCCCGCCCUGGGCCUGCUCUGGCUGGGCCACUGAGCAGCUGCCGGCUCUCAGCCCGCCCUGAGGGAGGCAGUGGGCGGGGUCGGCGAGCGGAGAGGGGCAGCCCCUCCUGCUCCAACGAGGUCAUCAGCCCGGAGAUCCUCAAGAUGCGAGCCGCCCUGUUCUGCAUCUUCACCUACCUGGACACACGCACGCUGCUGCACGCGGCCGAGGUCUGCCGGGACUGGCGCUUCGUGGCUCGCCACCCCGCGGUCUGGACACGGGUGCUGCUCGAGAACGCCCGCGUCUGUUCCAAGUUCCUGGCCAUGCUGGCUCAGUGGUGCACCCAGGCGCACUCGCUGACCCUGCAGAACUUGAAGCCCCGGCAGCGGGGCAAGAAGGAGAGCAAGGAAGAGUACGCGCGGAGCACCCGGGGCUGCCUCGAGGCGGGGCUGGAGUCCCUGUUGAAGGCGGCGGGGGGGAAUCUGCUGAUCCUGCGCAUCUCCCACUGUCCCAACAUUCUCACCGACCGCUCCCUCUGGCUGGCCAGCUGCUACUGCCGCGCCCUGCAGGCGGUCACCUACAGGAGCGCCACAGACCCCGUGGGCCAUGAGGUCAUUUGGGCCCUGGGCGCAGGCUGCAGAGAGAUUGUCUCCCUCCAGGUGGCGCCACUUCACCCUUGCCAGCAGCCCACGCGCUUCAGUAACCGCUGCCUGCAGAUGAUUGGUCGCUGUUGGCCGCACCUUCGGGCCCUGGGGGUUGGGGGUGCUGGCUGUGGGGUGCAGGGCCUGGCGUCACUUGCAAGAAACUGCAUGCGGCUGCAGGUCCUGGAGCUGGACCAUGUGUCGGAGAUCACCCAGGAGGUGGCAGCUGAGGUCUGCCGGGAGGGUCUGAAGGGACUGGAGAUGUUGGUGCUCACGGCCACCCCCGUCACCCCCAAGGCCCUGCUGCAUUUCAACAGCAUUUGCCGGAACCUCAAGUCCAUUGUGGUCCAGAUUGGGAUUGCUGAUUAUUUCAAAGAGCCCAGCAGUCCCGAGGCCCAGAAGCUGUUUGAGGAUAUGGUGACAAAACUCCAGGCCCUACGACGGAGGCCCGGCUUCUCUAAGAUCCUGCACAUCAAGGUGGACGGCGGCUGCUAACCCGGGUGGGGGGCGGCAGGGCCCCUGCCAGCCCCACACCAGGGCACUCUCUUUGGACCUCCAGAGGGACCCUGAUUUGGACUAGACCUUCAGAGGCCUAGUGUUAUCCCUGGUUUCCAGGGAAGGGUUGAGUUUCCUGUCCUCCUCCUGGGACCGUGGAGCAACAGGCCUGACCCUGGGCACUGCCUCUUCAGGGCAGGGGCUUGGACAGAAGCUGCCCUCCGACCCCCACUCCACCCCCCCCACCCCACCCCCACUGGAGCAUCCUUCUGGGCACCGCCAGCAAGGAGCUGAGUCACCACCAGCACCUGGUGUCAUCGCCCUCAGGACCUGCAACCACGGAGUGGCUCCUCGGUUGCUCAGGCUACCGGGGCCGGCCCCCCCUUCCUGAGGCCCAGCCUCCCGGUCAGGGGCCUCUGCUAGGCCCCAGCCAGAGGGGGCUCCCCAAAGCAGCUCAGACUUGGCAAGGAGGGCUCUUUUCCUCCUGCCCUGUUCCAGCCCUCUGUGGGGCAUCCCCUUCAGACAUCCUGCCUAGGCUCUGGGUCCACGUUCCCCAGAGGUAACACAGAUAAGCCUAUGGGUCUGGGAAUGUGGUCAGCCAAAAGUGGGGGGCGGGGGUGCAGCAAGGUAGUGGGAAUGGGCUUGGAAUGGCAAAACAUUCAUCCAGAACUUUUCCCCAGGAUAUUGAAACCACCACUCUCAAAGGGGGGAUAUUGCCAAGUAGAGAAAACCUAGUUUUUAUUGCUGUAGAAACAAGACCCUUCCUCUCAGCCACCACAACCCUCAUGACACACCAGAGCUAAGUUCAGAGGUAAAAGGUGCAUGUUUCUAUACCUUCCACCGAUCCUGAGCCUCUGGAGGGGUAAGGUCCUAGCUCUGGGAAACCUUAGCAGCAGUGAGCAGCAGUUCCUGUCCUCAAGAAAUGUCUUUCUGGUGCUUGGGCAGGAAUCUAAUGGCCUCUGGGUCCCCAGGACUGUGGGUGGCAGGGAGUCACUGCCUUCUGUGCUGGGGCCUGGAGGAAGCCAGGAGGGAAUUUGGUUUGCUUCCUUGUCUGGCUAGCUUGCUUGAAGAACGUGGUCUUGGUAGGGAACCACACCCAUGAAGCCAAAGAAGAGGAAGAGCAGCCUCAUCAGACUUGCUUCCCUCCUCAGUCUUCACGGGCCCCAUGGGCUGUGGGCUCUGCUGGAGUGCUUCUGCCUAGGCACGGUGCUGGGGCCUGAGCCAGAGCCACUUGGCUUAGAAACCACAGAAUGCAAAUGGGGUUUUUCACUGACUCUUGCACGGUUCUGGUAAAACCAGGUUCUGGCACUAACGCUCCCAAAGACUCAGGUCUCUGCAGUUCCUCCUCUCAGAACUCCCAUAGUGGUGUAGAGGCCUUGGGUCCCACUAACAUUCACUUGGAAAAUUCUUUCAAACAUUAACCUUGAUCCAUCUUAGGGUUUCCUAAUUUCCUAUACAGGGGCCAGUUCUGCCCUAACCAUUAGGCUGCUGGUCCUGGCUGGGGCUGGACUUCUCGUUUCUCAGCCCUUUCCAGGGACCUUUCUGCUACAUCCUGGACAUCAAGACCCAGCCCUGGGUUACCCUGUAAUGAGUCCUUCAGACUGAGACCCCACAGGCUCAGUAUCCAGCUCCCCUAACUCCACAUGCAGCUCUGUCCCAGCUCCUUCUGGCCUCGCCCUUUGAAGACCCCAAAUACCAAGGGUGUCCUGUUGGCAACUCCCUGUCCAGUCCUGCACAAAGCUUUGGCUGAGUGGCACCCCCCCCCCACAGAGCAGCUGGCCCCACUGGCUUCCACCUCCCUGGCCCUGUCCCCAGGAGUUGCAGGAAGAAGCACAACUUUUCUCUGUCCUCCAGGGGCCUGGAAGGGAUAUGGGGGUGCCCUGGGUACAUCUGUCUUGCCUUGCCAACUAUACCCUCUACAGCUCCUGCUCAAGACCCUAGGAUCAGAGGUGCUGCCCUCCCCAUCUCCUGGACAAAGCACAAAGGGAUGCCCUGCUUGGCCUGAGCCUGCCUUACUGAGGGAUUUUUGCCCCAGAAAGCUUCCAUCCCUAAACACAAGACUUUGGGCAAUUUCUCCCUGGGUGGGUACCCACUGGAAUGUCUGGCAUCAGUCCUGGAAAAGGAGGUCAGGGUGCACGGGCAGUGAGCUAGAGUGGGAGAAAGGCAGUGCUGAAAGGACUGAUUCUAGGAGUAGGUUCAUUCACCCAGUCAUUCAUUCAUUCAGUCAUUCAUUGGUGCAACAGCCCUGAGCACCACCAGCACUGAGGGCAGAAGAGUGAACAGGCCACCCCCCCCCCCCCCCAC